AUGCAGCGGGCAGCAGUAAUCCUCGUUUGCUUAGCGGCAUUCUGCGCUCCAAUAUUUGGCCAAAACGAACAAGUAAAGCCUCCUCCACCUGGAGCCAACAAUCCUGCAGCUGGUGCUGUUCCCAGCGACGGAAACUUGUUGAGUUUCGAUGCUUGCAAAGAAGAUGUUCAUCGUCUCUGUAACAAGGAAGGAAUAGACUUAAAAAGUGAUCUUGCCAUUUUGGAAUGUCUGCAAGAUGCUGGUCAAACUGAAUCAGCGACGCUUACUCGCCAAUGUGAGGACCUGGUUUGGCAAUACAAGGUCAAACUUACCCAAGAUGAACGGUUCACUCAGGCGGCUGUGAAGUAUUGCCAAGAAGAGAUCGACAAGAAUCCAGCGAUGAAGAAGUGCACUGAAUUGACGCAGCCUGGAUAUGCGCUAAGUUGUUUGCUCGAGUUCACUCCGAACGUGACGGCUACGUCACAGUGUCAUGCUUUUCUACGUAAGUGGUGUUUUGAGAUUUUUUUUUCGUUAUAA